CAAAUCUCAAGCUGCAUUGACUGUGCAUUGGGGCUAUAGCGGCGGCGAAUGAGACAGCAACAUCUCCACAACCUCCGCGACCGCCUGCCUGCUUCCCUCUUUCUCUCGAGGCCUAGUCCCGCAGCCCCGGCCCGCCCUCCUGAGUCAUCCUCCUUCCCUUUCUUCUUCUCGUCUCCCUCUCGGCCUUCCCUCUCGCAUCCAUCUUCUCAGGCGCUCCCAUCCUGAAGCAACUUCGGAGGCCGAGUCCAGCAGCGGAGAACAUCAGCCACCUGCUCCACGAACUGAAAAGGGGGCACCGUUGGUCCCACUAGUCUUUUUACGUGGAAGUCACCCCAAAGGCGUGGAAGAUGAAGUGUGGCGGGACCUCAGAGACCAAGCCAGCCACUGAAGAGACACAGCAGAUUGUCCAGCACGUCAAGGCCCAAGUGGAAGAGAAAGAAGGCAAGAGCUUUGAUGUCUUCACUGCAGUCGAGUUUAAAACCCAGAUGGUUGCUGGAAUAAACUACUUCGUCAAGGUCCAUGUUGGGAAUGACCAAUUCCUUCAUGUGCGAAUCUUCAAAAGCCUCCCUCAUGAGAACAAGCCACCGGAGCUCACCAGCUACCAAAGCAAGAAAGGAAAGCACGAUGAACUGUCCUAUUUCUAGACAGCUCUUCAGAUUUUUAUCCAUUAUGAUUUUUUAUGAUUUGCUUUUUAUAAUUUUUCUCCACAAUUGUAUUACAGAUGUUUCAUAAAAUAUUAUGAAAUGGCAUUUCAGUAGACUCUCAGUUAACCGACACCCAUGGGGAUGGUAAAUGCCAGAUAAAUGUAGUUUUUGAUUGUUUGAGAAAUACUAUUAAAAAUAAGUCUAUGGCCCAUAUUAUACCAUACCAUAAACUCUAUAUUGACUUAAUAUUGAAAUAUAGUAAUGAAAAGCAAUUUAAGACAAAUAGAGACAAGCAUAAUAUAACACUUUUACUGUAUUAUAAGAACAACUUUGUGAAUGCAGUAUGUAAUUUUAGUUAUUUUUUAACCAGUUGCUUGAGAGUUCUGGAUGCUUGAGUUCUGGGUAACUGAGAAUCUACUGUAUUUCUUUCAGUCUUCUCCCCUCCUUAGUCAUGGCUACUGACUUCCCAUUCCUUGGUAGGAGACAUAUAUUCUCAAAUCAUUUAUAAUAUGUAUCAUCCUAGGUUAAAGCUUUCACUAAGAUUGUAAUCAUUGUAUCAGCAUAAAAUCAAAAUCAACCAUUGUAUCUAUCUGCAUAAAAUCAGGGUGAUGAUUCUUCCUGCUUCAAACUGAUUUGAAACCUUCAGUCCAUAAUUGUGUGUCUUUUGUCUUUUUUAAUAUAAAAUUUAGGGUUGGUUCCCAGUCCUUUCUGAAGUUGCCUUGACCUUUUUCUCUGAAAUUAUAAUUUCUUGAAAUCAGUGUUUACCCUACAAAUUCAAAUGAAUAAAUGAUAAUUUAAAGAAAAUCUA